UCCCAUAGCUCUUCUCCAAUCUAAGGGUAACACAAACGUUUUUCACUAAAGUUAAUAGAUCGAAGCAAUGUCUGAGAAGAUGGGACGGUUGGUGGUAACAUGGGAGAUGCAUUCGACGAUGGUGUUUUCAAUGGCGUGAAGAAAAUAAUUGUGGGAGAACACAUUGGCUGCGUGGCUUAUAUCAAGAUCGAAUACGAAAAGGAUGGGAAAUUUGAAACCCGUGAACAUGGGACAAUUCGCAGGGAUCUAAAAGAGUUUGUGGUGGAUUAUCCAAGUGAAUGUAUCACAUCCUUUGGUGGAAGCUACGGCCAUGUUAACGGCUAUAAAGCAGUGAUGAUCAAAUCACUAAUCUUCAAAACCUCUUAUGGAAGAACCUCUCCAGUACUCGGUGAGACCAAUUCAUUUGGAAAUCCAGCUGAUAAUCAAUUCAUGCUCGAGGGUAAAAAUGGAGGAAAGCUUCUUGGAUUCCACGGACGCUCUGGUGCUGCUAUUGAUGCCAUUGGUGCUUACUUUGGAACGGGUUCUGGUGGUGUUGGACCAAGAAAGUUGGAACUACGCGUAGGUGAGGGAUGUGGUAACGGAGGAACUUAAGGAGGAAGAUUACAAGACUGGUGAUUUGGUUCAUCAUCAGAUCGAAGUCCAUGUCGUGUCUAUCUAUUAUCACCAAUAAAAGACUUACUCUUUAGUUUGUUUUCUCUUUUGAUUCCGUAAAAUAAGGUCCAUGCUUUGGAUUUGUGUCACUUUAAGUCUUGAGUAAGCAUUUCAGCUUUUACUGUGUUUAUGUGUAAAAUAAAGUCCAUGCAUCUUUUGGAUCAUGUGAUGUUCUCUGCUUUGAAGGUGUAUUUGUCUAUUUUAAUAAUAUAUGAUGCUUGUUUCCAGUA